UGGAGUUAACCAGCGCUCUAUUCCCGCUUAUGUAGUCGUUUGAAACUGACCUGAAGUCUACUUCUCGCGAGGUGUGAGCAUAAAUAACCUUAGUGCUGCGAUGGCUACUUUGAGUAGACUCGGUCUUGUACUCAGGAACUGUGCAACUAAUAUCACCCACGUGUUCCAACGCUGUAAAAAGACGAAAACAGGUGUAUUUGAAACGGGAUUAUGCUUUGUUCUUGGGGGCGCUGUAGCUUACUACUGUUAUGACCAUGCUGGACAUGGCAGGACACUUUGUAGUGGCCAGGCUUUGGCUCCCCUGCUGCAAACAGUAGCUGCCAAAGAAAAGCCGAAGAGAGUUGAUGAGGAUGAGGAAGAGGAGGAGCACAUAUCAGCCCGCGAGGAGAGGUUCCGCCUGUUCAGCUCGGUGGAGUGUGAGGGGCAGCUUUAUAUGACCCCCCUCAACUUCCUCGAGUCGGUCUCAACCGACCCCCCCAAGAACAAGAAAAAGUGGAAAUCCUUUUCAAGACAGGAAUUGGAACAGGUGCUGUCAGACACACCACCUGUUGGAAAGGGAACCUCCACACUUUUCAGAAACUUUCAUGACAAAGGCAUCAUCACUUACACAGAGUAUCUCUUUCUACUUUGCAUUUUAACAAAACCUCUCUCUGGCUUCAAAAUAGCCUUCAAUAUGUUUGAUGCUGAUGGAAAUGAACUUGUGGACAAAAAAGAAUUUUUGGUGCUUGAGGAUAUUUUCCGGAAGAAAACCGACAAAAAGGAAAGAAGUGAGGAAUCCGAGAAGGCUGCACAGCUACUUGUGGAAGAGAAGAUGACCAACACAACACUGCUGGUGCAUUUCUUUGGAGAGGAUGGAAAAGGCGAGCUACACUUUGAUCAUUUCUACAGCUUCAUGGACAACCUGCAGACAGAGGUGCUUGAGAUCGAGUUCCUCAGCCACUCCAAGGGCUUGCCCACCAUCAGCGUGGAGGAUUUCGCCCAGGUCCUCCUGCGCUACACCACCGUAGAUAACGUCAGCAGCUACAUGGAGAAUGUGCAACAGAAUUUUCCUGAUGACAAGGGAAUUGUCUUUGAAGAGUUCAGAUCUUUCUUCCAAUUUCUCAACAAUUUGGAGGAUUUUGUACUUGCCAUGCAGAUGUUCAACUUUGCCAGUCGUUCAGUGGGGCAAGAUGAGUUCUCCCGAGCCGUGUACGUGGCUACAGGCUUGAAGCUCAGCAAGCACCUGGUGAACACAGUAUUCAAAAUCUUUGAUGUUGACCACGAUGAAAAGCUGAGCUACAAGGAGUUCAUUGGCAUCAUGAAGGACCGACGGCAGAGAGGUUCUUUGCGCAACAGAGCUUAUCGCCGAUUCACAUCAUUCAAGUCAUGUUUGAGGAAGGAGCUCUCCAACAAAUAGUUGGGAAGUGUCCAGUGCCCUGUGACUCCUGUGUCUGGGUUCUGCCUCUCUGCCUUGAGGAGGAGGUUCGAUUGAAGGGAGGAUCUCAUGUUGAAGACUGUGAAGUGCAUCUUGCAGUAAUCUUAACUGC